UUGUUUGAUUUUGAUGAAAUUUUCAGUGUUUUGUUUGUCUGAUUUUUUUCUGUUCAAAUCAUAUUAUUUUCAGCAUUUAGUACCCCUUUAAUGAAUUAGGGGGGAAAAUGUUUCAUACUUCAUGAAAUAAAAUAAGGUGACAAAAGAAAUAGUGAGUGGAUGACAUUGGUUCAGUAAUUUGCAUACCUACCAGGAUGUGCUUGUAACUGUUAUGUGAGAUUAAGCGAAAAUUUAGAACAUCAUAUCUUUCUUAUUUUACAUCCAAUUGUGAUAAAGUUCAGGCGUUAGGAUUGUUUGACUUUUGUCUUUUCAAUCAAACUUUUUGCUGGUGUGGACCUAUUCCCAAAGAAUGCCUUUUACUCAUUGAUUCAUGCUCGUCAUAUUUUCAAACUAAAAUAGUUUGAUCUGUCUGGAAAGUAACAUGCCCACAUUGGUUUUUACCUCAAGCUUUUGAGUAUCAUUCACAUGUACCAGGGUUUAAAUUUCAUUAAGGUUCUUUGGUAAAAUAUUAAUCUACAUUUUACAUACUAUAUCCAGGUGUAGUAUCUGGUAGGCUUCCUUUAAGUGUGCAUAGUUUAAGACACUUUCAAUGUUUCUUGAUGCUAUUUGUUUUUAUAUUGCUGGCAAUAUUAUACCAUUGCAUUAAUGAAAACAAAACGUACCCAAUAAGAAAUUUUUGAUCAACAAAGUUUAGCCGACUUGUUUGUUGUCUAUUUUGUCAAUAUGCAGUGUCAAAUUAUAGUCAAAUAAAAUGAACAUGCGGAAAAAAAUAAGGAAAAUUUAUAUUCCUAGGGGCUUUUGAAAAGCAUAAGCAAAUGAUCUAUAAUAUUUUUGGACAUUAUUAAGAUAUGUUUCAUAAUUAUUAUAUUUGAUACCACAUAUGUGGAAAUGUUCUGAAUAAAUGAGUAAGAUAUGUUUGAAAAUUUGAUGUAAAAAAUUGCCCAAAAUAUUUUGGUGAUAUUACUUGUAAUGUGACAGCCUACAAUAAGAGCUCAAGUAAUUGGCUUUCUUUGCUUAAAGAUUUUAUUACUAUUUUGUAGUAUUAUUGUGAAUUCAAUAUUUGUUAAUUUAUUAAGAAUUCAUACCAAAAUCAUCAAGAUAGUGUUAGAAAUGGAUUGUCCAAAACAUUUGAAGCCAUGCUACUUUAGACCUUCAAUUCCCAGAUUCAAUAUUUCUACUUUAAGAUAAAAACAUUUUGUACAUACAUAGAAUCGUACAAACAAACAAGGCAAUAUAAUUAAAUAUCUCUGGUGGGAGGAUCAUAAAAAAGCACAUCAAUUACUUGUUGGAAUUGAUCCUCAAAAAGUAGAUUGAACUAAAUACAGGCCUACAUUUAAGUUGAAAUGUGAUAAUAUUGUUCAGAAUCUAUAAACUAAAUAAGGGAGGAAAUAUUGAAAACUGGAAAACGAAUUGUAUAGCUCAUAGAAUUUGAUUAAAAAUUGGCUGAUAUAAAUAGAUAGGAAGCUUAUUCAAUGGAACUGAAACUUUAUAAAGGAUAAACCAAGCCAUUACAAUAAUACUUGACAAAUAAUUCCCCCAAUGAAUAAGAAUUAACUGGAGAUUUGACGAUAAGAUCCAAGAGAUCAAAGUACAUUUUGAUUUCAGCAGUUUUUAUUUGUUCUUAUAUAUUGUCCGUGACUUCUGAGUGCCCCUAUACUAUGACAGAAUGACUCGUUUUUCAUACCUAACACUAUUAUUAUUCACUACAAUUCCUGUCUACAAUCAUUACGUUACUUGUUACACAGUAAAAUGAGUGUUCGUGUUGCCCUAUGGUGUUGCCAACGAUCAAUGUCAACACUCUUUGAAAGAUGUAUUGCUGCUGGGGGUCACAUUGAGAUCUUUCAUGAAGUCUAUCUAACUGCAUACCGUUUUGGACCUCAACACAGACAAGAAAAUGCCACGUUUGAAACGGACAAUGAUUACACAUAUGACAAUGUUCACAGAAUGAUUAGUCAGAAGUUCCCUCCUGGACACGCUGUUUUCCUCAAAGACAUGGCAUAUUCUAUUGAAGGACGAUUCCCUGAGCUUUCUUUUGAGUUUUGCCACACUUUUCUGAUUCGUUCGCCGCAAAAAGUUAUAAGAUCCUACAUAAAACUCUUAGAGAGCUGCCACUUUGAUGAGGAAUAUGUGUCUGAGUUGAGAGAGAAAUUACCCAAUAGUUUCAAACAACAGUGUUUGCUCUAUGACUACAUCAUGGAAUACGGAUCUCAGUCAAGGAUACUAGUGAUAGAUGCUGAUGACUUUGUAACCAUGCCUGAAACAGUGCUACGUAGAUAUUGUCAAGAAACAGGGUUGAUAUUCAAUGAAUGUAUGCUGAGUUAUGGAAGUCUAGAUUCAAUACCUGAUGAAUGGCAUUGCUCCAAGGUUCUAAAGAAUGCAACAAAGGAAAGAGGGAGUCAUGAAAGAGCUCUUCAUAGUACAGGAAUUGAGCUAACUAAACCAGAUGACAUAGGACUAGAAUUGUCAUCAGACUGGAAGAAUUGUGUUGGAGAGUGCGAAAAGUUCUAUAAUAUUAUGUUUGACAGAAGAACAAGAUUUGAGGAUCAUUAGUGAUCAAGCCAUAUAUAUAUAUAUAUUAUAUCGUAACGAACUAUAGUUCCAUUUUUUAUGUCAUAGAGAGCUUAUGGGUCUGUAAACGUAGACUAUAUGGAAAUCGUGUAGACGUUCUGUUAAUUAACAAAAUUAGAUUUAGCCCAAAUCGCACAUUUUUAGAAACAUGUUGGAGUUUUGAUUAAUUGUCAGAAAAGUUGCUUAAGCAUUAUCCAGUUUGAUUUGAGAAAGCAGGUUGCAUGUGCAAAGUUAAUUAUGGUAUUGUAGCUAGUGUAGUUAUUUUUAGUAACCGUUUCAUCGAAGCAAAAAAAUGCAUUAAACUGAGGAGUCAAAAGCGCGGGUGCAAGAUUCUGGGUUUACGGCCCUUUACCGUAGUACUAAUGCUGCCUUUCAUCUCUUGAAUCUCAUUUUGCUCUGUACACUAAUUUAUCUUUGUGUAAUGCUAGUAGGUCCAUGGUGUAAUUAAAUGUAAAGGUCA